CAUCCCGUGGGAGGUGAAUCAGAAGCUCAUUUCAUGCAUCGGUGCCCUUGGGCUCAGCUUCCGCCUGCCUGCCCUGGCUUCCCCUUCUGGCCCUGCACAGCGUCUGGGGAACGAGCCUGUCUCAGGGCAGAUCCAAGUGCCUCCCAACGCAGAGAUGCUCCCGCCGUUGCUCUUAGCCUUACUGUGGGGUGGGUCGCAGGCUGAGGACUUAAGAUUCCAGCUGCAAGUGCCGAAGGUGGUGAGGGUGCAGGAGGGCCUGUGUGUGUUUGUGUCCUGCACUGUUUUCUACCCCCCGGAUGGCUGGAUUGACUCUACCCCAGCUCACGGCUACUGGUUCAAAGAGGGGACCCACACGGGCACUGGUCUUCCAGUGGCCACAGACAAACAGGAUCGAGAGGUGCAUAUAUGGACCCAGGGCCGAUUCCAGCUCGUUGGCAAUCCCCAGGACAAGAACUGCUCCUUGCUCAUCAGAGAUGCACAGAAGGAGGACGCUGGGAUGUACUUCUUUAGGUUGGAGAGAGGCAAUUAUGUGCAAUUUAAUUUCAUGCAAAGCAAAUUCUAUCUGGAGGUGACAGACCUGACGCAGAAGCCAGACAUCUACGUCCCACAGACCCUGGAGCCUGGGCGUCAAGUGACCCUCACCUGUGUGUUUAACUGGGACUUUGAGGAAUGCCUGGCCCCUACUUUCUCCUGGAAGGGGGCUGCCCUCUCCUCCCAAGGGACCAGACUGAGAACCUCUCACUUCUCAGUGCUCACCCUCACACCAAGACCCCAGGACCACAACACCGAACUCACCUGUCGAGUGGACUUCUCCAGAAGGGGUGUGAGCACAGAGAGAACCGUCCGACUUAAUGUGGACUAUGCCCCCAAAACCGUGGUUAUCAGCACUUCCCAGGCCAAAGCAUCAGCCCUGGAGCCCCAGGCAAACACCGCCUAUCUGGAAGUUCAGAAAGGCCAGUUCCUGCUGCUGCUCUGCGCUGCUGAUAGCGAGCCCCCGGCCACACUGAGCUGGGCCCUGGAGGACAGAAUCCUCUCCUGGUCCGGCCCCUUAGGCUCCAGAACCCUGGAGCUGGUGCUGCCCGUGGUGAAGCCUGGGGACGCCGGGCGCUACACCUGCCGAGCAGAGAACAGGCUUGGCUCCCAGAACCGCGCCCUGGACCUCUCUGUGCAGUAUGCCCCAGAGAACCUGAGAGUGCUGGUCUCCCACGCAAACAGGACAGAAAGCUUCGGGAAUGGCACAUCCCUCCCAGUCCUGGAGGGCCAAAGCCUGCGUCUGCUCUGUGUCACCCAGAGCAACCCUCCAGCCGGGCUGAGCUGGGCCUGGGGGGGACAGACUCUGAGCCCCUCCCAGCCCUCAGACCCUGGAGUCCUGGAGCUGCCUCGGAUACAAACGGAGCAUGAAGGCGAAUUCAUCUGCCGAGCUCAGAACGCACUGGGCUCCCAGCACAUCUCUCUGAGCCUCUGUGUGCACUAUAAGAAGAGAUUCAUGUCCACAGCAUUCUCUAACGGAGUAUUUCUGGGAGUUGGCGUCACGACCCUCCUUUUCUUGGGCUUCAUCUCGAUCAUCGUGAAGACUCUGAGGAAAAAAGGGACCCAGGCAGAGACUCCGACCCAGGCAGAGACGCCGACCCAGGCAGAGACGUGGCGACCCAAGGUCUCGCGGAGGAGCACGAUCCUGGAUUACAUCAACGUGGUCCCCAACGCAGGUGCCCUGGCUCGGAAUCGGAAGGCCACACCAAGCAGUCCUUCUUGGCCCCCUCCUCCAGAUGCUCACUCCCCAAAACCCAAGAAGAACCAGAAGGAGCUACAUUUUGUUAUCCACAGCAGUCCAGGACCCAAAUCAGCCACUCAAGCCCCAGAAUCAAAGAACAACCAAGAGGAGCUCCAUUAUGCUGCCUUCAGCUUCCCAGGCCUUAGACCAUGGGAGACCCAGGCGCCCAAGGAUACCGGCUCAGAGUACGCCGAGAUCAAGUUCCACUGA